AUGCGUUGCCGCUCGCUGCCACCGCCACCGCCACCGCCACCGCCCACCGCCCACCGCCUACGCUGCCGCGCUGAGCCGCUGAGGGUCCCAGACUCCCAGUCAGGCGCACCGAGCGCAGAAGCCGCCAUGAAGCUGACCUGCUUGUCCGCCAGCGGUGGCGGCGGCGGCGGCUACCACUCGCCGGCGAGCCAUCUCCUGGAGCUGGAGGGGUUCCGCUUCCUCCUCGACUGCCCCAUCGACCUCUCCGCCCUCGCGGCCUUCGCCCCGGUGCCCCUCGCCGGUGACGCGGCGGGCCUCAUCCGCGCGGUGCCGCGCUACUGGUUGCCAGCGGCCGCGAAAGCAGGCGGCGUGGAUGCCGUGCUCGUGUCUUCCGCUACGGGGAUGCUUGGAUUCCCCUUCCUCACCGGGCUCCCUGGAUUCGCCGACACCAAGGUGCUUCCCCUGCUUCUGCUUCUUUCUCUUUCUCUCUCUGUGUAG